AUGUAUCGCAUUUUGAUGGAAGAUGAUGCAAAGCCAAAAAUUGAUGCUCAAAGAAGGUUAAAUCCAACAAUGAAGGAAGUGAUAACUAUCACACAUGAGGAUCAAGAGAAGACAAUGUUCACCUGUCCUUAUGGCACUUUCACUUUUAGGAGAAUGCCAUUUGGACUUUGUAAUGCACCUGCAAUUUUCCAAAGGUGUAUGAUGGCAAUAUUUUCUGACAUGCAUUUUUAUACAUUUUGGAUGAAUGGAGUACCUUUUGAAUUUGAUGGGAAGUGUCACCAUGAUUUUACAAUACUUAAGGAGAAAUUGACUUCAACGCCGAUAGUUGUUGCACCUAAUUGGGAAUUUCCAUUUGAGUUAUUGUGUGAUGCAAGUGACUAUGAAGUAGGAGCAGUGUUGGGGCAACGAUUUAACAAGGUGUUUAAAAUGAUUUAUUAUGCGAGUCAUACUUUGAAUGAUGCUCAGGUUAAUUAUGCAACUACAGAAAAUGAGCUCUUGGUCAUUGUGUUCGCUUUUGGUAAGUUUUGGCCAUAUCUAAUUGGGAAUAUGUUAGAAGUGGAAGAGAGUCCAAGUAUGAAAGAGGUGCAGAUUAAUGAUGUUUUUCCAGAUGAGCAAUUAUUUGAAGUAAAGGAGAAUAAUGAGGUACUGUGGUUCGCUGACUAUGUUAACUUCUUGGCCGUCAAUAUAGUGCCUCCAGAGAUGUCUAUAUAA